UCGAUGGGCUGUUUCGUUUGUCAGUGUAGUGUCAUAUAUUCAUUUUACAGGCUAAUUUGCUCUGCAAGAUGUUUUUAAAUAAAAUAAGUUUAUUUUUCACUUUACUUAUAGUAGUUUAUAAAGUUGACUGUGCUUAUCCAGAUCCAAAUGUACCUGUAUUCAUUUGGGGAAGUAAGAAUGCCUUUGCAAAUCCUUCAUCUCUUCCACCUCUGACACAUGUACCAAAACAACAGUUCUCCAAUGAGCUGGAUAAGGUGCUCAAAAAAGAUGUGUCCUUAGUCCUCUUCGUGGAUGAAAAGUUAUCUCCUGAAGAUUUCCAAUGUACAUUGGAUGAUCAAUCUUGUUUCAAGAACUUAAUGUCGUAUCAAAAUACAAAUGAAUUUUUGUAUUUUCCAUCUGUUGAGAGCCCCGCAGAAAUUGUGAAGUCAAGAGGAAAUGUAGAAAUUGUAACCUUAGAUGACAAAGUUACAGAGAGCCGUCAGCAAUUGCUGGCUGAACACGAUAACCAAAUGCAAGAAAAAAUUACCUCCUUGCAAAAUGCAAAUAAGGACUUUGUUGUAGUUUACACUGCGAAGAAUCCCUCUCUGCAUAUCCAAUCAAAUCACCGAGUCACCAGACAAGCCAGUAAUAGCACUGCAGACGACAAAGUUAAUGUGCAUCAACUUGAUGGGGUUUUAUUAGCUUUUUCCAAACUGACCGUAUACACAAACGCUGAAAAAGAUGGUAAGCCCAUAAUCCCAACAAGCGUCACUUCAAAGGAUUACUCUGAUGAAAAUGUUAAACAAUAUGAAGUCAAAAUUGAAGAUGCAACAUAUAUAUUAAAAUUGAAUGUAACAAUGAAGAGUGGUUACUGGAGUGUUACAAGCAUUAACUUCAAGGAUAGUUCUGAAACUCAUGUAAUGCGUUCAUCAGUAGAUAUUGCAGGAGUUGGUGAUUUUUCUUUCCAUUGCGCUCCAAUGAUCCGUUUCACAGCUCUUGGCCAGUCUAGUGGUUCUUACAUCAUUGUUGGCUUAUCUGCUUUACAGAUCCAACCCUUCCGUGAGAAGCCACAGGAGUAUAAAUUUGGUGACUCAUUGGACUGUGUAGGAUUUAUGAGCGCACCUAUUCUCGCUGGUUUAUUUGUAACAUUUAUGCUGGCUGCCAUCGUUGCUCUUGGAAUUUGUAUGAUGAUGGACUUAAAAACAAUGGAUCGUUUUGAAGAUCCUAAAGGAAAAACAAUUACUGUUACUGCCACAGAAUAAAUACUUUUUCCGGGUGCAUGGAUUUCCAGAUGCAUCUUUCUUGUUGUUAACCAACGAUUUGAAUUACAGUGUAAUUCAAAUUUCGUGCACAUUUAUAUAAGUAGUUAUUGUAAAUAUAAAUUCUUGGAUUGUCAGUAUGUUGGUCUAGUUACUUCUGCCUAACACACAUUGUAAAUAUUAAAAUUUUUAUUAGGAACUUGAAAAUUUAUUUUUAACAAGUACAAUAAACCUAACUUGAUGGCAGUAUUAAUUAAAUAAGAUACGUCUAUAUAUUUUAAAGUGUAAAAUAUAAAGCCGUGAUAUAAAUGUAUGAGUUGUCUGUUGAAUAUUCCAAAAUAUAUUGUAUAAUAUGUAUUAAAUUAUGAGUUCAUGUAUGUUACUAUAUAUUUAAAUGGAGCAAAGUAAAAUAAUGACAAUAAGUUUCUUGAAGAAUAUCGAUCAUGUUACCAUAAAAUAAAUUACAUACCAUCUUAUAGAAUGCUCCCAUUGUAAUAUAAAUCAAAUGUAUUCAGAACAUAUCAUUUGUAAAAUUAGAAAUAAAACAUGAUGCAUUGCAAAGAAAUGCCUGUCACUAGAUUAUUAUGAAGACACAAAGUAAAAAUGUAGAUAUGUAUA